CUUAGAACACGUAAACUUCCGGGUUUCAGACAACAUACAUGUUGAUUAUCGCUGCAGCCGGUGAUUGUUAGGAAACUUGGAUUAAUAAAGAGAAAGUCUUUCCAUUUAUUAUGAGUAGUUCAUUUAUAAUACUAGGGACAUCUAUACUGGCUGUACUCUUAGCGGGAUACUUUGCACAGAAGUAUCUUCCCCCUCCCAAGCCCAAGAUAGUUGGCAUUGAUCUAGGAACUACGUUCUCUUGUGUUGGAGUUUAUCAUGCAGUGAGUGGAGCUGUUGACAUUCUAGAAGCACAGGAUGGACACCAGUGUAUUCCCAGUGUAGUAGCUGUCAGUGAGGAGGGUUUUCUGGUUGGAUACAAAGCUGUUGCUCAGUCUGAGCAUAAUCCCAAGAACACUAUAUAUGAUGCCAAGAGAUUCAUUGGCAAGAAGUACACAGCAGAGGAACUGACACAGGCUCAGAAGAGAUACCCAUUCAAGCUUGAGGCAGAUGAGUAUGGAAUGGUGCGAUAUGUAUUUAAUGUCAACAAGACAGAGUUGAGAAUGAGUCCUGAAGAGAUUGGAUCAGUCAUCGUAAAGUUCCUGAAGAAUGUGGCAGAGAGAAAUCUUACAGCUCCAGUCACUAAGUGUGUCAUGUCUGUGCCAGCAGAGUUUGAUGAAAUGCAAAGAAACUACACCAAAAAAGCAGGCAGUAUUGCUGGACUAGAGGUCUGGCGUGUCAUCAAUGAGCCAACAGCAGCGGCCUUGGCAUAUGGUCUCCAUACCAAGCCCGAGCUGAAGACGGUACUAGUGGUGGAUCUUGGGGGAGGGACGCUGGAUGUGUCGCUACUCCGUGUACAGGGGGGAAUGUUCCUUACUCAGGGGAUGGCAGGAAACAAUAGACUUGGUGGUCAAGACUUUAAUCUUAGAUUAUACAACUACGUGAAAGAUUUACUAGAAACCAAAUUCAACUUACAAAUUACUGACAAAGAAGAUUUGCAAGCCUUACGAUUAGCUGUUGAACAAGUCAAAAUCAAUGUGACCCACCAUGACAGUUCUACAUUAAAACUCUUCCUUCACUCAUUAGGUAAACAUUCACAUAUAAAAGAAACCAUCACAAGAGCCAAAUUUGAAGAAUUAAACAAAGACUUGUUUGUGAAAGUGUUAGACCCAAUAAGGACAGUGUUAGAGGCAACUCAUCUAGAGAAGGAGGAUAUAGAUGAAAUAGUGCUAGUGGGGGGAUCAACCAGAAUUCCAAUGAUAAGGAACUUGAUUCGGGAGUUUUUUGGGAAAGAGCUGAACACGCACGUUGACCCUGAGUUGGCUGUAGCCAUGGGCGUGUCCAUACAGGCGGGGAUCAUCGGGGGAAUGUGGCCCCUCAAAGUCAGUGCUGUGGAGCUCCCGAACAGAGUAGUCAAGAUCCAAGUCCAAUGAUUAUAGAAAGUAGGUUAGAAAACAGGUGCUCCUUAGUAUCAUCCUAUGUUUGGUGAAAAUAUCUUUGAUUUUCUACAUUGUUUAUCAUGUAACAGUGAAAUCAGAAACUUUUACUAUCUAAUGAACAGAAAACUAUUUUUGCAGUUGGAAACUGAUACAAUGACGGUGAUUUUAUGAUGGUGAAAUUAAACUUGUUUAAGUUUCCUUUUCUAGAAACACAAGCAACAAAUUGAUUUUUUAGUACCUGUUACAAAGAAAAAGUAUCAUAUAUAUUCCUCAAGUCUAUAUAAAAAAUGGUAGAAAGAUGAACAUACUUUGGUUUAAUAACCUGCAGUGUUGUGAAUUCAAACAACUCUUUUUUGCUGCUUACAAUAUCUUGUUUUAUGAAACACCUUCUGUGCAAUGUAAUGUGUAAUGUAUUUAUAUUAAAAUUAAUUGCUUUAUGCCUGUAAAUUGGUGGUUUUUCAAUUGGUUUCUGGUCUCCUGAGGUAGCAAGUCUUGCAUUUGUACUACCCGAUCUGCUAUACAUGUAUACACCGUGAAUCAAGAUUUGUGUGUACAAAGUCAUUUAUACAUUUUGACAUACUGGUAGUUUGGCAUCAUGAUAAAAAUAUUGAUCUAGUCAAAUUGUCUUGAGUUAUUGUUGGCUCAGGUUCAGCAACAUGUCAGUUGUAAACGAAACACUGUCUUGUAUGCUUAAUACCAAUUGUGUUGUAUCCUCACUAGAUUCUUUCAGUUUACAUAGUUUUUGUAAACUAUUUUAACAGUUGAAUUUAAUAAAAUGAUUUAUUCAUAAGACAAUGUUAAAAAUGUUCUAUGUACAUUUAUUUUUCAAAUUAUUUGGGUUUGGUGCAAGAUUCUUUGAUGAACAUUAUUGAUACAAACUGAUAUCUACAUUAUUAAUGAUAUUGAUUUUUAAUCACACAUCUCAUUUUUAUAAAUAAUUCUUCUCUUUAUAGAAUAUUUUGUUCAUGCUUUUGUCAUUAUCCCAAUACUGAGCCUCCAACAAAUUGAAAUUGUAGAUUUUUUAAAAAGAUAUUGUUUACAACAUUUAUACAUAUGUAUAAAAUAAUUAUACUUUAAAAGUGUUUGUUUAUCUUGAAAUCAGAUGCUUAUUUAUUUAAUUUAUAAAUCUUGGUUGAAGAUUAUAUUUUUUGUGUUAAACACAGGGAUGUAUUGUCUGAUUAAGACCAUGACAACAACAAUUUGUUGCUUUGUUUUCACUAUAGGUAUGAUUGCUUGUGAUUUCUAUGUUUUCAUUGGUACAACUUACCUUUUAAAGUUCUGUACAUCCUAAUCAACAGUUUAAUGUUUCAUGUAUUUCUUUGUUGAUACAGAUUCAUUUGUUUUCUACCAUGUUUUAUCAUAACUUUCAAAGUUUUAUCAUUCCAUUCACAAUUACUGUUUUGAUUUUAUGGUUUUUUUCUUAAAAAAUAUAUGUAUGUUCAAGCAUGAGAUCAGAAGUAUAAACUUAUAUUUUUUUUUAUUUC